AUGGUUACGGCACGAGCCCGUCUCUUACAUGUAUCACAGUGUAUACAAAAAAUCAUUACGUGGAAGGAAGUGAGAACCUAAUGGAACCAGAGCUUGGUCCAUAUAGACAACAGUUGUUACCAGCUACAAAAACACCACAGACCAUGUCAAGUUUUCCCACAAUGAAGAUGAACAGCAGGUUUACCGGGGAUGUGGACGAUAUGUACAAUGCCCACGGUCACGCUGGCAAUCAUUGUCGGGAGGCAAUAUUAGAAGGUUUAGGAAGAAUAAUUAAUUCAAGAUCAGAACAUCUGGCAGUACAACCAGUUAGCAUAGCAGAUUUUGGAACUGCGGAUGGGCGUGCUUCUCUCUCUCUCAUCAAUGAAAUGAUAGAUGCCAUACAAACAGGCCUGGGGCAGGAGCAGCCUAUUCUAUUGUACUAUAAUGAUCAACCAAUGAACGACUUCAAUCUUCUCAGCAAAGCUAUCCAAGGAAACACACGUGAUCCCGGACUAAAUGUCACCGGUAGCGUCUACCCAGUAAUUGUACCGCGGACUAUGUAUGAACAGUGUCUCCCUGAUAAUUCUCUCGACCUAGGAAUAUCCACUGUGGCUACACAUUACUUAUCUAAACAGGUUUGUCAAAUUAAAAACGGUAUAUAUUUUGAAGAGGCGGAUGACGGAGAACAGAACUUGAUUAGACAACAAGGAAAAGUCGACUGGAGAGCUUAUGUUAUUUCUAGGGGACGGGAACUGAAACCAGGAGGAUUUCUUAUAACUUUAACCAUCUCGUCAAACGAUAAAGGCGAGUUGUCGUCGGUGUUUGAAAAUGGACUUUCCCUACUGGGCAGUGUCAUGUCUGACAUGGCCAGAGAAGGAAUAAUCACACAGGUAGAGCCGAAGGGGCCCCCACUGGAAAGGAAAAGUGAGUAUCCUCGUAAAAAAAAAUCUAAGAAACCGCAAGUUUUGAACUAUCGUCCGUCAAAGUGUGAGAAAAAUCUCUAG